GCUGCUUCCCUGGCGGAUUACUUUACCUGCGACUGCCCCCCUUCCCGACAACUCGGUUUGGCUUUUCUGGUUUCUCCAAGAUACCUUCCUACCUUGCCUUCUGAGAUACAACGCCAUCUUCGUCCAUCACAGCCAGUACUCAGGACGAGAGUCAUCCAAGAAAAGAACAAAAGGGAAGCUGGCGUCGGACAACAACUGCAGCAUCUCCAAUCACGACCAGGCCACCGGAUCUUCCCACCUCAUCCUGUCCUUCCCCAGGUGAAUUACUGCAGGCAGCCCACCGUCCACAGCUUCCGCAGACCGCAGACCGCAGACCACAGGCGCUGUGCAGAUCGAAGCCUUGCCUCAUCGGGUGCGACUUACACCACGCACCACCACCACCCACCACGCACUGCGCAACGUCAACCUCCUCCGAGUCCCCAACUCUUGCUCCUCCUUCUGCUUCUUCCCUCCCAUCUUUCUUCUCCUCUUUCCGCUCUCAUUCUACAACUAUCGCAGCAUCACCUUGCUUAA